ACCGCCCCCAACGGCCGCCCGCGCGUGGCUCGCCGGGCCCCCUCGCUCCUCCCCUCAGGCCUCCGGAGCGCUCCCCUCCCUCCGCCUCGCUCUCUCGCACCUCGCAGGCUUGCCGCCGUUGGGGGCUGCCAUGCCCCUGCCGCAGGCUGUCCACGGGCCUAGGCGCGGCGGCCCGAGAUAGGGUCCCCUCCGCCUCCCGGGGGAGGAGAGAGGCAGCGGGCCGCGCGCUCCGCCCCCUCCCCCCGGGCCGCCGCCACCUCGCCGCCUCAGCCUGGCGGGGAGGAGGAGGAGGAGCAGCAGGCCUCCGGCCUCCGGCACCGCCGCCCGCAGGACAUUUCUGAUUCAUUUGCAUCCUUGAAGAGCAUCUAUAGAAGAGGAAGGGAAAGAUGGGUGUGAAAACAUUUACUCAUAGCUCCUCUUCCCACAGCCAGGAAAUGCUUGGAAAGCUAAAUAUGCUUCGAAAUGAUGGACAUUUUUGUGAUAUCACUAUUCGUGUCCAGGACAAAAUCUUCCGGGCACAUAAGGUGGUAUUAGCAGCUUGCAGUGAUUUCUUUCGCACCAAACUUGUAGGCCAAGCAGAAGAUGAGAACAAGAAUGUGUUGGAUUUGCAUCAUGUUACAGUGACUGGCUUUAUACCCCUUUUAGAGUAUGCGUACACAGCUACUCUGUCGAUUAACACAGAAAAUAUCAUUGAUGUUCUGGCUGCAGCCAGCUAUAUGCAAAUGUUCAGUGUUGCUAGCACCUGCUCAGAGUUCAUGAAAUCAAGCAUUUUAUGGAAUACACCCAACAGCCAACCAGAAAAGGGUCUGGAUGCUGGACAAGAAAAUAACUCUAACUGCAAUUUUACGUCUCGAGAUGGAAGCAUUUCUCCAGUGUCUUCAGAGUGCAGUGUGGUAGAAAGAACCAUUCCUGUCUGCCGAGAAUCACGGAGAAAGCGCAAAAGCUACAUUGUUAUGUCUCCUGAAAGUCCUGUAAAGUGUAGCACACAAACAAGUUCUCCCCAGGUGUUGAAUUCUUCAACUUCCUAUUCAGAAAAUAGAAAUCAACCAGUUGACUCUUCUCUAGCUUUUCCCUGGACUUUUCCUUUUGGAAUUGAUCGAAGGAAUCAGCCUGAUAAGGUUAAGCAAGCAGAAAAUACCCGGACUUUAGAAUUACCUGGCCCGUCUGAGACAGGGAGAAGAAUGACUGAUUAUGUGACUUGCGAGAGCACAAAAACUACCUUGCCUCUGGGUGCCGAGGAAGAUGUCCGGGUCAAAGUGGAAAGGCUAAGUGACGAGGAGGUCCAUGAGGAAGUAUCCCAGCCUGUCAGUGUGUCUCAGAGUUCACUGAGUGAUCAGCAGACAGUGCCAGGAAGUGAGCAAGUGCAAGAGGACCUUCUGAUUAGUCCCCAGUCUUCCUCCAUAGGCUCAGUAGAUGAAGGCAUCACAGAAGGGUUGCCUACGCUUCAGGGCACUUCUAGCACCAGCGCUCACGUAGAUGAUGAUGAUCGAUUGGAAAAUGUUCAGUAUCCCUACCAACUCUACAUUGCUCCUUCCACCAGCAGCACAGAACGGCCAAGUCCCAAUGGUCCAGAUAGACCUUUUCAGUGUCCAACGUGUGGGGUGCGAUUCACCCGUAUUCAGAACCUGAAGCAGCACAUGCUGAUCCACUCAGGAAUUAAACCAUUUCAGUGUGACCGCUGUGGGAAAAAGUUCACCAGGGCUUACUCGCUAAAGAUGCAUCGCCUAAAGCAUGAAGGUAAACGCUGUUUCCGGUGCCAGAUAUGUAGUGCCACUUUCACUUCCUUCGGGGAAUAUAAACACCACAUGAGGGUUUCCCGGCACAUUAUCCGCAAGCCUCGGAUUUACGAGUGCAAAACAUGUGGCGCCAUGUUCACCAACUCUGGAAAUUUAAUCGUGCACCUGAGGAGUCUGAACCAUGAAGCGUCAGAGCUAGCAAACUACUUCCAGAGCAGUGAUUUCCUAGUACCGGACUACUUAAACCAGGAGCAAGAAGAGACCCUUGUUCAAUAUGAUCUUGGAGAACACAGUUUUGAAAGCAACUCUUCUGUUCAAAUGCCUGUAAUUUCACAGGUCUCCUCGACCCAGAAUUGUGAAAGCACUUUUCCCUUGGGGUCUCUUGGGCUGACAGAAAAGGAGGAAGAAAUGCCAGAGCAGCCAAAGACCAGUGCUUGUGCCGAGGCAACCAGAGAUGACCCCCCAAAAUCAGAGCUGUCUUCUAUAACUAUUGAGUAAUUUCAUAGUUUGGCUUCAUUUUUAAUUUUUGGAAAGUGCCUGUGCUUGGUCUUGUACAUUUGAAUUUAAUUUUUUAAGCAAAAAAAAAGGGUUUGGAAAAAUCUCCCUUUUUACUUUGUAAGUCCUGCAACUGAUGUUUUAUUUUUCGUGACUGAGAGAUUGCUUCUGUAAGUGCACAAUAACAUGGUGUUGAAAUACAGUAGAAACCCUGAAACUUAAGGAGAGGAAGCAGUUGACGUCACACUUAUAUCAGUUUCCUCUUCCAUCAUCAGGAGUAGGCUAACAACAUACCAUUAGGUUGAGAAGAAAUCAGAUGAUUACUGACCUUCCUGAAAUGAAAGGGUACACCAGAAACAUACUACUAAACAAAUUUGGCAAAUGGCCUGAAUAGAUGUUACUCCUAUACACAGGACAUUGUACAAUCUUCUGUAAAGCCUGUUGUUUCUGGAAAUAUUAUGGUGAGCUUUCUUAAAAAUUAUUAGGGUGUGUACUUCUGAAAUUCCACGUAUUCUUUUUUUUUUUUUUUUUUUUUAAGCUUUGUCAUUAUAAUUUUUUAUGGUGAAAGUUUGGUAUUGGGAUAGGUAUUCCCUGUACCUUUAUAAUAGUACUCUCCAAAUUAUCUUUCUUCUAUUGAAAGAUGGCAGAGAGCCACGGUUGAGAAGAGUCAAGCUGUGCAUGAAGAGACCAGGAAUGGGGAAUAUAGUGUGUGAAUCUCAGCUUCAUAGGAACUCUUUCAUACUGCUUUUCUGGUUAAAAUCGUUGUUUACCUGGUCUUUGAAUGUUAAUGCCUGGCUAAUGAGGUCAUUGCCUAGAUCAGUUUAUUCUUACCCUGUCAACAGUACUUUCUUUUGCCUAUACUUGGCGUGAUCCCAUAAAAAGGAAAUAUACUGGAGAUGUUCUAUAUUUUAUAUAUAGGUUUGUGUAUUAUUGAGGAUGUUUUCAUUCUGCUGUUUGGACAAAAUAAAGAAUUCUCUGUUAAGGCUAUGUUCUUAACCCAACUAAGAUUGUUUACAAAAUACCAUGUGACAGUGAUAUAUUGUCCUUAUUCCAAAAUAUUUUUAGACAUUGCCAAAUGUCAUAUUGAAAGCAGUUAGUAUAGUUUUUACAGAAUGUAAGCAAUAAUGUAGAAGAGAAGAGGCUAUAAAAUGAUGAUCUGUGACUCAGAUCUAUUUGGGGGAAAAAAUUGUUAAGACUAAAGAAAAACUAAAAACCUUAAGGUAAUGAAUAUUACCUCUUGCUGCUAAAAGAAAAUGAAACUUCCUGGUUUAUAGUUGAAAUACAUAUGAUACUUUAGACUGGAGUAUAUAUUUUACCUGGUGCCGUUAAAGCAUCGCUUACCUUGAUCCUAAAUUUCAUGAGUCCAUGAACAAUGAUCUUUUGAGUAACUUUUUUUUCUAUGUAUAUACCCAGAGUUUAAUCAUUAUGAAAACACCUGAUUUAGAUUAGAAAAAGAAAAUACAGUUUCUUAUUCAGAACACAAGAUCUCAGUUUUGUCUGGGUGCUAGACCUCAAUAAAAAUUUUUUAAGUUAUAGUGAUUUGUUUCAUUUUUUGAUUGGCUCAUUCUGUACCUUAUCUCUUACAAAUGUAAAGGAAGGGAAAGUGAACUCCUUGAAGUUUUUUUUAGGUUAAUGUUCUUUUUGUUUUCAUAUUCUGCUGUUUUUAACUUGUUUCCAACUCCUUUUCUCACUCAAGAGCCUGUUGUUUCCUUUUUGCUCCCCAAAUAGCUAUAGUACCUUAAGGAAAAUGAACACAUACAGAUUAUGAUCGCCCUCCAUCAUUUAUGCUUCUUUAUCAGUAGGUUGAAUUACUUUUCUUCAGCAAGACUAUAUGAUAUUAAUAGCGGUACUGCUGUGUCUCAACUGGAAAGGUCAGGAAUUUUUAUUUUUAAUAUUAUAUAGAUUCUUUGGAAACUGUUAGGCCUACCAAUAGAUAAAUCUCAAGGUUAAUUUUAAAAUCUUAUAUGGACAAGACAAGAGUAAGUGAAAUUAUCACCAGGAGUCAUUGUUGCCCUCAAUUCUAAGAGUUAUUUUUUUUUAGAAUAAGGAAGGAAGAAAAGGAAAGAAAAUAGACUUGAUGAGAAGAUACAUCAGAACUUGGAGAUUGGUUGAUUGAAAGUAAUUUAGCAUACCCCCUGUCCUGAGAAUUUUGUACUGAGAGUCCUGCACAGUUUUGCCCGUUCUGAGGUGUUCUGUGUUCUCAGAAUGUAGGAUUACCAUCACUGGCUAUUUUUUCCCAGAUGGAAACUUUAGACUUUCAUUGGUAAUUACAAAUUAUACAGAUUUCCAAGUUUUAUGAGACAUUUGGACCUACUGUGAAAAUGCUUAUUGCUGGUUGUCUGUUCCCCACAUCUUACCAAUACAGGUAACUAAUACUUAACAUGUGAUAUAAACAAAGGCCUUUUUUUUCUAUUUCAGUGAGGCUCUACAUUUUUCUUGAUACACAGUUUAAGGUUACUUAGCUUAUGGGCCUGUUUUAAGAAACUAAGCUGCAAGAAAAUAAUUGUAUAUAAUGUUACUUAGAUUUAUUUAAAAUUCAUCUAAGAGAAGGAUGCAUGGAUGUAUAAUUUUUACCAGAAUAUAUGGAGAAAAAAUUACAAAGAGAUGAAAACCUGUUACAUUGUCUCAUCAUCAGAAAUUACCAGUAUAAUUGAACAUUAAAAAAAUUCCAGUUUAGAAUACCAUAGCAUAGCAAAGUAAUUAACCUCCAAUUAAAAUAAAUUUAUAUUUUAAAAAAAUAAUUAAAAGAAUACCGUAGCUAUCUUGCUUAAAUUAGGCCCCAUGAGGUAACUUUGUGAUAUUUAAAGGGCUUAAAUUUUAGGAUGCAAGAUAAAUUGCCUUUUUAAACCAAGGAUUUUAUAUAAUAAAAACAUUUAUUUUCAUUUUAAAGCUACCAAAUAGGUAUGCUAUACAUACUUCACAGAUGAGCAGAGAUGUGUGCUCUGAUACUGGGUGUUUCAGCACCUGCAGGCAUCCUUUCCACUUUAUAAGGCUGUGUUCUAACAGUGAAAGCACUUGGCAUGUUAGUGAUUGCGCUAAUUCACAAACAAAAAUUUAGUGCUCAUUUUUUUUUUUUUAAGUUUUCAAGAAAGGGAUGCAGAUGGAGGUUAUCACCCACAAAUAUAUUUAAAUGAGUGUUUCUUAUUUUGAAAGUAAUCCUUAAGUAAUUAGCUAUCUAUUUCGUUACAUUACCAGUUUUUUAAAGUUCUCAAUUUCAGUGAGAUAAAGUGUACUAAAAUGUUUAAAUAGCCUCAUUUGUUCUUACAUUCUGGCUUACAGAACUUUACAUUCUGGUUCCUUGCUAUGAUACAUGCCCUUAGGUUUUAAAAACAAACAAACAAAAAACCCUUCUGUUUUGUUAAAAUAUGUUACCAAGUGGAAAGAAUUAUCCAGCACAUCUAAUGUACUUACUGUUGGUAACUCUGUUACCUUCUGACUACUGAGCCAGCCUCUCCUGAUGUAUAAGUGGUUCCCUGGGAGCCUUUGGAAGCCGUAUUAACUCUUUCAGUUUUAUUUUACUUCUUACUAAUUUUUAUUCUCAUACUUAAUCUAAAUAGAGGACAUUUAUCUAGUUCAGUGGCUUUUAUUUUGAAGAUUCUCAGAUCACGGUUUGCUUUCUUUCAGCUUUGUAGCCCCUGAGAAAUACAUUACCUUAUAAUGGAAUGGCAGUGUAUGCUAGAAUAACCACGUGGAGAGAAUUACUACUUGAUGAAUGAACACUCCUAAAAUUACAACUGGAAGGACUUUGAGAUUUAAGGAAUUGAUGAAGAGAACUAGCAAAAAUGUGAAGUCAUAGCUUUGGAGUAUACAUCCUAGUGAGGGAGAGUAGUUUUCUAGUUAUUAGUAUUAAUUGGGAGGGAAAAAAACGAGAAAAAUUCACAUCAGGAAGUGACCCAAAGUUGCUGAAAGAUAGUAAAUGCUGUUUUCAGUGUAAGUUAUUGACAGAAGAUGAUUUAAUUUAGAUUUUGAGAGUUAAUGAGAGAAGCAUAUAUACAAACUUGAUUUUCUGAAUCAGAACAGAAUGGUGGAUGGGUGCUCAAUUAGAGUAACCAUGUCUAUGCGGAAUAUUAAAGCUAAGCAUACUCCUACAGGCAUUAGGCGUAGAUCAUCCAAAUUUAAGUUAUUCUUCAUUUUGUCUGUACCCAUUUUUAUCUUUGUGUCAUUUUUGCCUGACAAAAUGUUGGUGACAUAGGGUAUUUUUAUUUGGAAAGUCCCCAGCAAGUCUAAUUGCCAAAGCAAUAAUGGUUCACAUUAACUAUGAAGUGGAAUUAAUAUCCAGGUUCAACUAAGGAGCGGACAUCCUAUGGCUAUUUCAUUUUUAGAUUAUAAACAUGUUGAGAUUUAUUAAUGGGGAAUUAAGCCUAUGUCAGAUUAUGGGAUGACUCUUCGUGACAUUAUAGUUGUACUUUUCUUUAACUUCAUACUCAACUAAUACACUUAGAUAUUUAUACUACAUCAUAGUGAUUAUAUUUUUAUGAUAAAAAAGCAAAAGUUCCAUAUCUUUACCAAUGGUCUCUGCAGAGAUGUCAGGCAAUGGUGGUGGUAGCAUCUCAGUUUGACAGUAUCUGAAAAAUUAGACUGCCUUAAAAUGUAUAUGCUACAGAGUUCACUCUGCAUAUGGUCCAGGCCAGUUCCAACUAACAUCAAGGUUUUUAUGUACAUAAUAGUUUACAAAGAAUUUAAAGGUUUGGACUAUUGGUUGAAAACAAAAACUUAAAAAAAAAUUUUUUUUUAAACUUAAAAUUUUUAAAUUUCAGUUUGAAGUGCCUGGUUUAUAAAAAUCAGAUUCUUUGAUUAUUGCCUUCCUCUUUUAAACUGACUUUUUGCUGAUUAAACUAAAGCCCUAGGCGCAAUCAUGAUGAUUUAUGGAUAAAAUUGCUGCUUGGUGGUGUGAGGGCCUGUCAAGAUUUUAUUAAAUUGUCCUUGUUUUUCCAAAUACCAGUCUAACCAUAUCCAAAUUUCAUCAUUCAGGUAAGCAGGUUAAAAAAUCAUCCUGUGAAUGAAUGAAUGUUCAGAUUAGCAAAGUACAUAGUCUGCUGAGGAAAGGUCAGUCUUCCCUAAAUUAAUUGUAUUCAUGGAGGUUGUGUUCAGUUAAAGAUGGGCAGCCUUUCGUGCCGUUCCUAGAAACACCUGUUUUUUCUAGAAAUACUUUUUUUUGUAUUUUCUGUAAGAGCUUUCUCUUAUUUCAACCAUCAGUUUAAUUUUUAAGUUGACAAAUGCCAUGUAAAGUCUCUCAUACUGAGAGUGGUCCAUUGAGUUAUUGAAAGUCGCACUGCUGUUCAUCUUUCAGGUACCUGAAGUGAAUGCCAUCAGCUGAAUCAGGAGUAAGAUUAGUCAUUUUCUUCCUUACACAAAGUAAUGGCUUCUUGUGCUUAUAUUUCAAGAUAUUUUUUAAAAAGACCACAGCCCCUUCUAGAGUACAAUUUGAUCUCAGUUCAUGUCCCAAUAAUAUGUUUGAUGUUUCUCGUUGCUGGUGCCUCCUGUUGCAUCAGAUAGAGAUUGCCUGCCUCUUUGUAGGGCACCCUUGUGGCACCUUAUGUCCAGUUGGAAGAUGGCAUAUGGCUUUGUUUUGUGCCUCUGCUAUCUUCUCAAAAGCCAUUUUAUAAAAAUCCUAGGUAGCCUAUUUUAAUAUUUAAAUAUAUAUAUAUUUGUGAGAGAUACUUUUAGAACAGACUUUUUUUUACUUUAAAAUUCCUGUAUUCCCAUUUUUAAGAGUAAAUUUAAACUUUCCAGGAUUUGAACUUUUUCCACAGCAGCAUAAUGAAAAAGUCAAUUUGAGAUAAUAGAAUGUAAUUCAGUGAUAAAAGAGAUUGAUGUCUGGUUAUAGGAAACAGAAGGGAAGGGAAAAAAAGUUGUUUUGAUGUAACAAACGAAUUUUUAAUGAAAAUGUUUUUGUUUUCUGUAAUUUUGUAUUUGCUGCUACAGUAGCUCAAUAUUUCACAGAGCUGACAUAGAUGUGGCUCCAUUCAGAAACUGGAGCACUUUCUAGUACAACCAACUGAGGAGGAAGGUGUGUACCACGGUCUUCCAGAAAGGUGACUGGCGGCCCUGUUCAGCUGAUGCACGCUUCAAAAUGCGCCUGUAGCCCAGCAUCAAGCAAGUGUGGGAGAAACGUUUAUCUUGCUAGUUAAUAGCAUUAUGAUUCUUUUGGGGCCCUGGCAUUUUGUGAAACCCUUGAGGGAGGGAAGGUGAUGCUGGAGAAGAAAUGUGAAUUAAAUUAUGUAGAAGGAUGUUUUCAUGCUUCUGUCCUCUCCUAGAACCAGAACAGCUUUCAUAUCUGUGCCAGGCUCUAGUUCACCAGCUAUGUAUCCAGUCAUCAUCUCAUUCACAUUUGGCUUCACUUGGUGACAGUGGCCAUAGCUAAGUUAUUUGGCAUGUUUGACUUUCAACAGUAACAAAAAUGGUUUUGGAUUUUAUUUCCUAAAAAUGUAUACGAUGUCGAAACUUUACAUUUUAUAUACUAGUAUCUGGCUAUUAGUAUUUUACAGGAACCAUAGUUCUUGGUGACUACAUAUAUAUAUAUAUAUUUUUGUGACUUUUGUAUACUAAGUGCCGUUUCAAUGUUACAAUCAUUUUUAGAGUUAUUGUAAUCAAUGUGAAUAUCAUGUUUUUUCAAAUCUGUUCUGAGCCUAUAGUGUUUGCUUUGUGAAUAUAUAUGUGUAUUGUAUAUAUUCUGUAUAGUUACAUUGUACUGAAAUAUUAGCUUGUUUGAUAUAAGGAAAGUAUGUAUUGAGUACUUUUUGCUAGUUUGGUUGUUUAAUCUUUUUUAAAAAGGUUUAAUCUUUUUAAAAAGCAAAAACUUUAAACCGGCCUUUAUUACAUGGUCACAAAUAAAGUUGCAGUUAGAAGGGAUGGGCAGGGAAAAAGAUAGUUUUGGGUGUCUUUGAAUAGAAACAAGAGUAAGUUUUUAAGUUUUGUUUGGUUCCCUUCCCCCCUUCAUUAAAAUAUCUUAUUAAUGCUUUA